AUGAUGCUGCGGAACAGAGAGACCCCGAGACAGAGACCCCGGGACAGAGACCCCGGCACAGAGACCCCGGGACAGAGACCCCCAGACCCCGGGACAGAGACCCCGGGACAGAGACCCCGGGACAGAGACCCCGGAACAGAGGAUAGAGGUCAUCCUGAAGGUUCAGACAGAGACCCCGGCACAGAGACUCCGGGACAGAGACCCCGGGACAGAGACCCCGGCACAGAGACCCCGGCACAGAGACCCCCAGACCCCGGGACAGAGACUCCGGGACAGAGACCCCGGGACAGAGACCCCGGGACAGAGACCCCGGGACAGAGGAUAGAGGUCAUCCUGAAGGUUCAGACAGAGACCCCGGGACAGAGACCCCGGGACAGAGACCCCGGGACAGAGACCUCGGGACAGAGACCUCGGGACAGAGACCCCGGGACAGAGACCCCGGCACAGAGACCCCGGCACAGAGACUCCGGGACAGAGACUCCGGGACAGAGACUCCGGGACAGAGACCCCGGGACAGAGACUCCGGGACAGAGACCCCGGGACAGAGACCUCGGGACAGAGACCUCGGGACAGAGACCCCAGGACAGAGACCCCCAGACCCCAGCACAGAGACCCCGGGACAGAGACCCCGGGACAGAGACCCCGGGACAGAGAGGAUCU